AGAUGCUGAGCCUGCUGGGCCUGACUCUCUUCUUGCUGACGGGAUCCACUGCUGAGCUUGAGGACCCCGGGACACUUGUGCACCCCGCCCUCAGGGCCCUGGGGCCACCUCAAGCACCUGUCACCAAGAAUGAGCUGGUGGGCAUCGUGGGCGGGUCCAACGCCCCCCAGGGGCGGUGGCCAUGGCAGGUCAGCCUGAGGGUCUACAGCUACCACUGGGCCUCCUGGGUGCACAUCUGUGGUGGCUCCCUCGUCCACCCGCGGUGGGUGCUGACCGCCGCCCACUGCAUCCGCCGGCGGGACGCGGACCCGGCGGCCUUCCGGGUGCACGUGGGGGACGUGUACCUGUACGGGGGCCAGCAGCUGCUGGGCGUGAGCAAGGUCAUCGUCCACCCCGACUUCAUUGCCGCCCACCUGGGCUCGGACGUGGCGCUGCUGCGGCUGGCGGAGCCCGUGCACUGCUCGGCCAACGUCAAGCCCGUCAGACUGCCGUCCGGCUCUGCCGAGCUCGCCUCGGGGGACCAGUGCUGGGUGACGGGCUGGGGCGCCGUCAGCAUGUAUGCCUCCCUGCCCCCACCCUACCGCCUGCAGCAGGUGCAGGUGCAGGUGGUGGACGACCAGCUCUGUGAGAGACAGUACCACCGGGCCUCCUGGUUCCACCGCGCAGACAAGAGGAUCAUCCUGCCCGACAUGCUGUGCGCGGGCAGCGAGGGCCGGGACUCCUGCUACGGCGACUCCGGCGGGCCCUUGGUCUCCAAGGUGUCCGGCGCCUGGACCUUGGUGGGCGUGGUCAGCUGGGGCUACGGCUGUGCCCUACCAGACAUUCCCGGGGUCUAUGUUCGCGUCCAGACCCACGUGCCCUGGAUCCAGAAGCAGAUGCAGACCUUCUCCUGAGCCCAGCCUGCUGCAGCUAGGAGGGUACCGCUGCCCACUCCUGCACCGCGACCCCAGAGCCCGGCCAGAGCCGGGGCACCCCCCCACCGGGGAGGAAGCAGAUGGCUGGCGAGGCCCAGGUCCUGGCUCUGUCUCCUGGAAGGGAGGGGCGCAGGGUCAAGUUUGCUGAGGUCCAGCCAGGCUCUCUGCUGCCUGGCCUCUGAAUAAAGAUGCUGUGAUGGUCCCCA